AUGGACCCGAGGAAACCGUCCCCAGCGGUGGGCGUCCCCAGGCUUGGCUACAGCUCCUUGGCCUGUCGCAGGUACAUUCCGCGGAGGGCAGUGCUCUAUGUCCCUGGAAACGAUGAGAAGAAAAUCAAGAAGAUUCCAUCCCUGAAGGUGGACUGUGCGGUACUCGACUGUGAGGAUGGUGUGGCUGCCAACAAGAAGAAUGAAGCCCGACUGAGAAUAGUCCAAACUCUUGAAGACUUUGACCUGGGCCCGACUGAGAAGUGCGUGAGAGUCAACGCGGUGUCCAGUGGCCUGGCCGAAGAGGAUCUGGAGGUCCUUCUGCAGUCGCGGGUCCUUCCUUCCAGCCUCAUGCUCCCCAAGGUGGAGGGACCCCAAGAAAUCCAGUGGUUUUCAGACAGAUUUUUAUUCCACUUAAAAGGCCGAAAACUUGAACAACCAAUGAAUUUAAUCCCUUUUGUGGAAACUGCCAUGGGUUUGCUCAAUUUUAAGGCUGUGUGUGAGGAGAUGCUCAGGAUCGGGCCUACAGUCGGUCUCUUCCUCGAUGGAGUCGUUUUUGGAGGAGAGGAUUUCCGAGCCAGCAUAGGUGCGACAAGCAGUAAAGACACGCAGGAUAUCCUGUACGCGCGGCAGAAGAUUGUCACGGUGGCGAAGGCCUUCGCUCUUCAGGCCAUAGACCUGGUGUACAUCGACUUCCGAGACGAGGCCGGGCUCCUCAGGCAGGCGAGGGAAGGGGCCGCCAUGGGCUUCACGGGUAAGCAAGUGAUCCACCCGAACCAGAUUGCCGUGGUCCAGCAGCAGUUUUCUCCUUCCCCUGAAAAAGUCCAGUGGGCCGAAGGACUCAUCGCUGCCUUCCAAGAACACCAGCGGUUAGGGAAGGGAGCCUUCACUUUCCAGGGCAGUAUGAUCGACAUGCCGCUGCUGAAGCAGGCCCAGAACAUUGUCACGCUUGCCACAGCUGUCAAGGAAAAAUGAUCUGCAUGUACUCUUAUAUGGAAGGCUAAAGGGUAUUGAAGCUUCGGAGGGAUCAACUUGUGCUUGCCAGCGGACGCCCAUGAAGUCUGAAACGCCAACAAUCAGAGAUUUUGUUUCUGUUCCUCAUUAAAUCAUGAGCUUUUGUGUCGGGACUCCGGA